CAGACGGAGAACCGGUCAGAGUUUCCACGCGCAGACGCUCUCGAGAGACGUCGGGAUUUAUUUAUUAAUCAACACGGAUAUUUAGUCUAACUCUUUUGCACUUUCUGGAGAUUUACAGAAGACUUCUGGGGAUCUAUGAGAGCUUCAGGAAGGAUUUGAAAGAAGUUGUAACGCCGAGGCGGAGUUAUGAACCGUUUCUUGGUGAAAUUAACGCUACUGACGGCAGCUUCGUUCGCGACGGCGGCACAAGGGCAAAGAUGCUCAGAAUACUGUCAGAAUGGAGGAAUAUGUGAGCUCAAGCCGAGCGGAGAAGCAUCAUGCAGGUGUCCCGCAGACUUCGUCGGCCCCCAGUGUCAGUUGCUGAACCCCUGCAGCCCGUCGCAGUGUCGUAACGGAGGCGUGUGUCGCACACGGAUGAAGGGCAAUGACGUGGAGCCGGUCUGCGACUGCGUGUUGGGAUACAGCGGCCCGCUCUGUCUGACGCCCGUCAAUCACGCCUGCAUGGGCUCCCCAUGCCGAAACGGCGGGACAUGCUCUCUGCUCACGCUCGAGACCUUUACCUGCCGCUGCCCACCUGGAUGGUCAGGUAAAACAUGCCAACAAGCCGACCCAUGUGCGUCGAACCCCUGUGCCAACGGCGGACAGUGUUCAGCGUUCGAGUCGCACUACAUCUGCACCUGCCCUCCUAACUUCCACGGACAGACGUGCCGUCAGGACGUGAACGAGUGCGCCCUCUCGCCCUCCCCCUGCUGGAACGGAGGCACCUGUAUAAACGAGGUGGGAUUGUACCUGUGCCACUGCCCACCUGAGUAUGCCGGCACACACUGCGAGCGCCUCUACCACCCCUGCCACCCCUCGCCCUGCAGGAACGGAGGCACCUGCUUACAGACCAGCGACACCACCUAUGCCUGCACUUGUCUGUCAGGGUUCACGGGUCAGACGUGUGAGCAUAACGUUGACGACUGCACCCAGCAUGCCUGUGAGAAUGGAGGCAGGUGUAUCGACGGCAUAAACACCUACAACUGCCACUGCGACAAACACUGGACCGGUCAGUACUGUACGGAGGACGUGGACGAGUGCGAGCUCUCUCCUAACGCUUGUCAGAACGGAGGGACGUGUCACAACACCAUCGGCGGCUUUCACUGCGUGUGUGUGAACGGCUGGACGGGCGACGACUGCAGCGAGAACAUCGACGACUGCGCCAGCGCCGCCUGCUCACAGGGUGCCACCUGCCAUGACAGAGUCGCGUCUUUCUUCUGCGAGUGUCCACAUGGUCGCACAGGUCUUCUGUGUCAUCUUGACGAUGCCUGCAUCAGUAAUCCAUGUCAGAAGGGCUCAAACUGCGACACGAACCCGGUGAGUGGAAAAGCCAUCUGCACCUGUCCGCCCGGGUACACGGGAUCCGCCUGCAACCAAGACAUCGAUGAGUGCUCGCUCGGUGCGAACCCAUGUGAGCAUGGCGGACGGUGUCUCAACACUAAAGGCUCGUUCCAGUGCAAGUGUCUUCAAGGUUAUGAAGGUCCACGCUGUGAAAUGGACGUCAACGAGUGCAAGUCGAACCCCUGCCAGAACGACGCCACCUGCCUCGACCAGAUCGGUGGAUUCCACUGCAUCUGCAUGCCAGGUUACGAGGGUGUGUUUUGUCAAAUAAACACAGACGACUGUGCAUCGCAACCUUGCCUCAACAAUGGAAAAUGCAUCGACAAGAUCAACUCAUUCCACUGCGAAUGUCCCAAAGGGUUCUCUGGGAAUCUGUGUCAGGUGGAUGUGGACGAGUGUGCCAGCACACCGUGUAAAAAUGGUGCUAAAUGCACAGACGGACCCAACAAAUACACCUGCGAAUGCACUUCAGGAUUUGCUGGCGCUCACUGUGAGCUGGACAUCAAUGAGUGCGUGUCGAGCCCUUGUCAUUACGGCGUGUGUCGGGACGGCGUGGCUGCUUUCACCUGUGAUUGUCACCCCGGAUACACGGGCCGCCUGUGCGAGACCAAUAUAAACGAGUGCUUGAGCCAACCCUGCCGAAACGGAGGCACCUGCCAGGACAGAGAGAACGCCUACACCUGUACCUGUCCUAAAGGAACCACAGGAAUGAACUGUGAGAUAAACAUUGACGACUGCAAGAGUAAACCGUGCGACUAUGGAAAGUGCAUCGACAAGAUCAACGGCUACGAGUGUGUGUGUGAACCCGGAUACACAGGCUCAAUGUGUAACAUCAACAUUGACGACUGCGCGUUAAACCCAUGUCACAACGGCGGCACCUGCAUCGACGGCGUCAGCAGCUUCACCUGCCUCUGUCCCGAGGGUUUCCGUGACGCCACCUGCCUCUCCAAACACAACGAGUGCUCCAGCAACCCCUGUAUCCACGGCAACUGCCUGGACCAGAUCAACAGCUACAGAUGCAUGUGUGAGGCCGGCUGGAUGGGACGCAACUGCGACAUCAACAUCAACGAGUGUCUGUCCAACCCGUGCGUGAACAGAGGCACCUGUAAGGACAUGACCAGCGGCUACAUGUGCACCUGCAGAGCCGGCUUCAGCGGUCCCAACUGCCAGACAAAUAUUAACGAGUGUGCGUCCAACCCCUGCCUAAACCAGGGCACCUGCAUCGACGACGUGGCCGGAUUCAAGUGCAACUGUAUGCUGCCUUACUCAGGCGAGGUGUGUGAGAGCGUUUUGGCUCCCUGUGCUCUGCGUCCUUGUAAGAACGGAGGUGUCUGUCGCGAGUCUGAGGAUUUUCAGAGCUUCUCUUGUGCUUGUCCUGCUGGAUGGCAAGGUCAGACGUGUGAGGUGGAUAUUAACGAGUGUGUGAGGAAUCCUUGCACUAACGGAGGAGUGUGUGAGAACCUGCGUGGAGGAUAUAAGUGCCGCUGCAACCCCGGAUUCAGCGGAGAUCUGUGCCAGAACGACAUUGACGAUUGCGCGCCAAAUCCGUGCAGUAACGGCGGUAUGUGUCAGGACCGUGUGAACGCCUUUGUGUGUGUGUGUUUGGCUGGUUUCCGUGGUGAGCGCUGUGCAGAGGACAUCGACGAGUGUGUGAGCGCCCCCUGCCGAAACAGAGGGAACUGCACCGACUGCGUCAACAGCUACACCUGCAGCUGUUCUGUAGGAUUCAGCGGCAUCAACUGUGAGAUCAACACACCCGACUGCACUGAGAGCUCUUGUUUUAAUGGCGGAACAUGUGUGGACGGCAUAAACUCUUUCUCAUGCGCGUGUUUGCCGGGAUUCACUGGGAAUUACUGCCAGCAUGACGUUAACGAGUGCGACUCACGGCCGUGUCAAAACGGAGGCACCUGUCAGGAUGGAUACGGCACCUACAAAUGCACCUGUCCUCACGGAUACACCGGACUCAACUGCCAGAGUCUGGUGCGCUGGUGUGACUCUUCCCCCUGUAAGAACGGUGGCUCAUGUUGGCAGCAGGGGGCUUCUUUCACCUGCCAGUGUGCCAGCGGCUGGGCCGGCAUCUACUGUGGCGUCCCCAGAGUGUCUGCGGCUGUUCUGUGCCAUAACACGGGUCAGUGUGUUGAUGUGGGUAACACACACCUGUGCAGGUGCCAGGCCGGAUACACAGGCAGCUACUGUCAGGAGCAGGUGGACGAGUGCAUGCCGAACCCCUGCCAGAACGGAGCCACCUGCACCGAUUACCUGGGAGGAUACAGCUGUGAGUGCGUUCCUGGAUAUCACGGAGUCAACUGUAGUAAGGAGAUAAACGAGUGUCUGUCUCAACCCUGUCAGAACGGAGGAACCUGCAUCGACCUCAUCAACACGUACAAAUGCUCCUGUCCGCGGGGAACACAAGGUGUUCACUGUGAGAUUGAUGUCGAUGACUGUUCUCCGGCCGUGGAUCUGUUAACCGGUGAGCCGCACUGUUUUAACGGCGGCCGCUGUGUUGACCGCGUUGGAGGUUACGGCUGCGUGUGUCCGGCUGGGUUUGUGGGCGAGCGCUGCGAGGGCGAUGUCAAUGAGUGCCUGUCUGACCCCUGUGACCCCAACGGAUCCUACAACUGCGUACAGCUUAUCAACGACUUCCGCUGCGAAUGCCGUACAGGAUACACCGGCAAGCGCUGUGAAACUGUGUUCAACGGUUGCAAGGACACACCAUGCAAAAAUGGAGGAACAUGUGCUGUAGCGAGCAACACCAAACACGGAUACAUCUGCAAGUGUCAGCCGGGUUACUCUGGCUCCUCCUGCGAAUAUGACGCCCAGUCCUGCGGCUCCCUGCGCUGUCGUAACGGUGCUACCUGUGUCUCAGGACACCUGAGUCCCCGCUGUCUCUGCCUGCCGGGCUUCAGCGGACACGAGUGCCAAACACGCAUGGACUCGCCCUGCCUCAACAACCCCUGCUAUAACGGCGGCACCUGCCAACCCAUCAACGACGCCCCGUUCUUCCGCUGCUCCUGUCCAGCCAACUUCAACGGACUCCUCUGCCACAUCCUUGACUACUCCUUCAAAGGAGGGCAGGGCCGAGACAUCGCCCCGCCGGAGGUGGAGAUCCGAUGUGAAAUCGCUCAGUGCGAAGGCAGGGGCGGAAACGCCAUCUGUGAUACCCAGUGUAAUAGUCACGAGUGCGGAUGGGACGGCGGCGACUGCUCUCUGAAUUUCGAUGACCCGUGGCAGAACUGUAGCACCGCCCUUCAGUGCUGGAGGUACUUCAACGACGGCAAAUGUGACGAGCAGUGCGCCAACGCUGGCUGCCUGUAUGAUGGCUUCGACUGCCAAAGACUGGAGGGGCAGUGCAAUCCGCUGUACGAUCAGUACUGUAGGGAUCACUAUGCAGAUGGUCACUGCGAUCAGGGCUGUAAUAACGCUGAGUGUGAAUGGGACGGUCUGGACUGCGCCGAUGACGUUCCUCAGAAACUGGCCGUGGGGAGUCUGGUUCUAGUGGUCCACAUCCCACCAGACGAUCUUCACAACCGCUCCUCGUCUUUCCUCCGCGAGCUGAGUGGACUGCUGCAUACCAACGUGGUGUUCCGCCGCGACGCUAACGGAGAGCCGCUCAUUUUCCCGUACUACGGCAACGAGCACGAGCUGAGCAAGCACAAGCGCUCUGAUUGGACGGACCCGGCCCAGCUGCUGCACCGCGCCAGGAGGAGCCUGACGGCCUUCAUGAAGCCCCGCCUCCGACGAGAACUCGAUCAGAUGGAGAUCAAAGGGUCUAUCGUCUAUCUAGAGAUCGACAACCGUCAGUGUUACCAGCAGUCUGACGAGUGUUUCCAGAGCGCGACGGAUGUGGCGGCUUUCCUCGGAGCGCUGGCCUCUAGCGGGAAUCUCAAUGUUCCUUACAUCAUCGAGGCCGUCACAAGUGAGUGCCACAUUUAUGCCAAAAUCACUGUUAUUUUCCUUUCAAGUAACAAAAAUAUUAACGAUAAUACCCUUGGUUUGCAGGAGGAGACGCCACUUUUCCUGGCUGCUCGUGAGGGAAGUUACGAAACCGCUAAAGUCCUGCUUGAUCACCUGGCCAACCGUGAGAUCGCGGAUCACCUAGACCAGCUUCCACGCGACAUCGCGCAGGAGCGCAUGCACCACGACAUCGUCCGUCUGUUAGAGGAAUACAACCUGGUCCAGAAUCCCGCGCUGCCUCUAUCGCCCCCUCUCUGCUCGCCCAACACCUACCUGGGCAUCAAACCCAGCCCGGGCGGCGCCAACAACAACAACACGGCCAAGAAAGCGCGGAAACCGAGCAGUAAAGGCGUAGGAGGGAAGGACGGCGGAAAAGACAUGAGAAUGAAAAAGAAAAAGGCCGGAGAGGGCAAAAAUGGAGGCAUUAUGGAAGUGGGCGUCCUCUCGCCUGUCGAUUCGCUGGAAUCGCCCCACGGUUACCUGUCAGACGUCUCGUCCCCGCCUCUGAUGACAUCACCGUUUCAACAGUCCCCGCCCAUCACUUUGAAUCAGCUCCAAGGAUUGGCCGACACCCACAUGGGCGGAGCUCUUCAGAGCUUAGGGAAGCCAUUUGACUCCGCCCUUCCUCCUCGCUUAUCCCAUCUGCCAGUGGCUAACAAUGGAGGCGGAGCUCAAACGGCGGCGUGCGAUUGGCUGCAAAGGGUGCAGCAACAGCAGGCAGGCUUCACAACCCUGAUACCCACAAUGCUCUCUGCCACCAAUAUGCCACAGGUCAUGGGCUAUCCCACAAUGCAAAGCAGCCACCUCGGCAUGCCGUCGCACAUGAUUCCCAACCACGCCCAUCAGAAUAGGGUGCCUAUGCGGCACCAAAACAGCGCCGCCUCUGGCCACGCCCACGUCUCUCAUCACUUCCUAGGUGACUUAACUGGGCUGGAUCUUCAGUCCGGCUCAGGACACGCCCCCAUCCAGACCAUCCUACCGCAGGAGAGCCAGCGCAUGGCUCCGCCCAUUUCUAGCACACAGUUUCUGACUCCGCCUUCUCAGCAUAGCUAUUCCAACCCUAUGGACAACACUCCCAGUCACCAGCCACAGGUUCCCGACCACCCAUUCCUCACACCCUCCCCUGGAUCUCCCGACCAAUGGUCAAGCUCGUCUCCACAUUCCAACUUGUCUGAUUGGUCAGAGGGCAUCUCGAGCCCGCCCACCAGUAUGCAGAUGAACCAUAUCCCAGAAGCCUUCAAGUAGGCGGGGCUUUGGCAUCAAGAAGCUAAACUGAAUAAACAAUUUUAUAUUAAUGAUAAAAACUCUUUUUAUGAUUUUUGUAU